AUGCCUGCAACAGGCCGGAUCUACACACACACCAGUGCAGCUGUUACACUGACUGUAUCAGCAGUAAAAGUCAAACCUACAAUCACCUCAAACCCUGAAGGAGCUGCACUGACAGGAAACACAGUGACUCUGUACUGUAAACUCCAUCAGUCUGCUGGAUGGACGUUUUACUGGUCCAAACACACACAGAGCUCUGAGAAGGAGACCAUCACCAACGUCUACACCAUCAGCUCAGUUAGACUCUCUGAUGGAGGUCAGUACUGGUGCAGAGCUGGCAGAGGAAACCCAGUCUACUACACACACUACAGUGAUGCAGUCUGGGUAAAUAUUACUGACAGCACUAAAGCUGUGGUGUCCAUAAAGCCUGAUAAACAGGUGUUUAAAGGAGAGACGGUCACUCUGAGAUGUGACAUGCAGGCAGGAGGAGACACUGAGUGGACUUACAGCUGGUAUAAAAAUGACCGUUUGUCCUCAAACAGAAGAACACAGGAGUUCACAGUCAGCUCUGUUACAGAGUCUAACGGUGGUAAAUACACCUGCAGAGGACACAGAACACAUGACUUUCAGAGCUCAGAGAUCAGUGAUGCUGUUACCCUGACUGUGUCUGAUGUAGCUCAGGCAUUAUUGAGUGUGUCUCCACAGAGCUGGCUGACUGAAGGAGAGUCAGUGACUCUAAGCUGUGAGGUUACAGGCUCCUCUACAGGCUGGACAUUCAGCUGGUACAGAGCUGCUCUCUACAGACAAGGCUUAGAACAAAUAAGAGACGUUCAUGGCAAUGUUCUGUAUCAUGUAGAGCUCCUGUCAGACAGCAGAAGAGAAGCUGGAGGCUCCUACACUCUCAGUCCUGCUGCUCUAAAUCACACAGGAGUUUAUGUGUGCAGAGCAGAGAGAGGAGAACCAGCCUAUCAGACACAGUACAGCACUGCACAGACACUGUGGAUCACUGGUUCAUCUCCUCCAGCCUCUCUGAUCAUCAGUCCCAGCAGAACUCAACACUUUACUGCUGGCUCUCUCUCACUGAGCUGUGAGGGACAGAGUGACUCUACUGGAUGGAGAGUGAGGCGAUACACACACAGUGGGGAGGUGUCAGAUUGUUCAUCAGUUACAGGAUCUACAUGCAGCAUCAGCUCCCUCCACACAUCCCUCACUGGAGUUUACUGGUGUCAGUCUGAGUCUGGAGGAGGAAGUGAUCCUCUCAACAUCACAGUGCACAAUGGUGAUGUGAUUCUGGACAUUCCUGUCCAUCCUGUGACUGAGGGAGAUUCUCUGACUCUCCGCUGUUUAUUUCGCUCCACAAAGCCCUCAAACCUCACAGCUGAUUUCUAUAAAGAUGGAUCACUGCUCCAGACCCAGACGACAGGAGAGAUGAUCAUCCGUACUGUCUCAAAGUCAGAUGAAGGUCUCUACCACUGUAAACACCCAGAGAGAGGAGAGUCACCACAGAGCUGGCUCUCAGUCAGAGGUUCAGGAGCUCCAGUCUCAGCGCUCAGUCUGCUCAGUAGUUUAAUGGCAGUGUCUCCAUAUUUGCUGGUGACCAUCGUGCUGGGGGGCAAAUGCUACAGAGCUCGAGCUAAACCUGAUGAUCAGAGUAGAACAUAAGCAAUGAUGGAAGCUGAAACAUCUUGAGUGCUGAAUGCCAGGAGCUCCUGGUUUGGGUUUUAAGGAGUGAAGACAGAAAAGGACCUGAACACAUUUAGACUGUCAGAAUUAUUUUUAGAAGAAGAAAACAAUCUCUCAUGCAUUAAAAUGUAAAUCCUCUGUCUCUUUUUAUGGUCCUUCAUCCCUGCAAAAU